AUGGUGAACGUGCCCAAGACAAAGAAGACCUUCUGCAAAUCAAAGCAGUGCAAGAAGCACACUUUGCAUAAGGUCACCCAGUACAAGAAGGGCAAAGACAGCUUGGCUGCUCAGGGUAAGCGUCGUUAUGACCGCAAGCAGUCGGGUUAUGGAGGUCAGACAAAGCCUGUUUUCCACAAGAAGGCAAAAACGACUAAAAAGAUCGUGCUGAGGCUGCAAUGCCAAGGUUGCAAGCAUGUUUCACAACAUCCUAUCAAGAGGUGCAAGCAUUUUGAGAUUGGUGGAGAUAAGAAGGGCAAGGGAACUUCUCUGUUCUGA